UCUGUCCGACGGGCAAGUGGCCCAACUUCUCGAAGCAGGUGUCUUUAGAGGAACUCAUUGGAGGCGUGAGGAGGGGGAAUUUGACAUACUGUUUUUCCCUCUUUUCCUCCUUGCGUGCAUUUAAAUGUUUGCAAAAAUGGUUUCUAAGUUGACAUCUCUGCAACAAGAGCUUUUGAGCGCUCUACUUGACUCCGGAGUUACAAAAGACGUGCUUCUUCAAGCUUUGGAGGACCUGGACCCAAGCCCGAGCGGUUUUGGAGUUAAACUAGAUAGUCUGCAGAUAUCCCCGUCCAGUUCCAAACUGAAUGGGAGUGAUGCGGAUUUAAAGCCGGUUUUUCAUACGCUGACCAAUGGACACAGUAAGGAAAAGUUAUCAGGGGAUGAAGGCUCGGAGGACGGGGAUGAUUACGAUACACCACCGAUACUGAAAGAGCUGCAGUCUCAAAACACAGAGGAGGCAGCAGAACAGAGGGCAGAAAUCGAGCGAAUAUUGGCCGAGGACCCGUGGCGCGCGGCCCGCAUGAUCAAAGGUUACAUGCAGCAGCACAAUAUUCCGCAGCGCGAGGUGGUGGAUGUGACGGGCCUCAAUCAGUCCCACCUGUCGCAGCACCUGAAUAAAGGCACACCGAUGAAAACGCAGAAACGCGCGGCGCUCUACACCUGGUAUGUGAGGAAACAGCGCGAGAUUUUGAGACAAUUCAACCAGACCACGCAAGGCUCUGGCAGCAACAUGUUGGACAAAGGCAAUCAGGAUCAGGUGCUACUCUUUUUCUCAGAGUUUAGUCAGUCCGGACAGGGUAUGGUGCAGCAAGGGGAUGAUGCUGGCAUUGAACCUGCUUGCAAGAAGCUUAGACGGAACCGCUUCAAAUGGGGACCUGCAUCCCAACAGAUCCUCUACCAGGCUUAUGAAAGGCAGAAGAACCCCAGUAAAGAGGAGAGGGAGGCACUGGUGGAGGAGUGCAAUCGGGCUGAGUGCCUCCAGAGAGGAGUAUCACCAUCCAAAGCUCAUGGGCUUGGCUCGAACCUGGUCACAGAAGUACGAGUCUACAAUUGGUUUGCCAACAGGCGGAAGGAAGAGGCCUUUAGACAGAAGUUGGCUAUGGACGCCUACAGUGGACCAACGCACAGCAUUAACCCUCUCCUAUCUCACGGCUCUCCACUUCACCCACAGGCCAGCAGUUCCCCACCGAGCAAGAUGCAAGGUAUCAGGUACAGCCAACAGGGUCCUGGCGAAGUCAGUUCCUCCACAACGAUCAAUCACCAUAGCAGCAAUGUCAUAGCGACCAGCCAGUCAGUGUUACAGCAAGUCUCUCCGGGGGCCCUGGACCCUAGCCACAGCCUUCUGUCACCUGAUGCCAAGAUGAUCUCGGUAUCAGGUGGAGGUCUUCCUCCUGUCAGCACACUGACCAACAUCCAUGCAACCCACCACGCACACCAGCAGACCCCCAACCUCAUAAUGCCCCUCUCUGGAGUCAUGGCCAUCGCACAGAGUUUAAACACAUCGCAGGCACAGACAGUACCCGUCAUCAACAGCGUUACAGGCAGUCUGGCAGCACUGCAGCCGGUGCAGUUUUCGCAGCAGCUAAACAGUCCACAUCAACAGCUCAUGCAUCAGUCACCCAGCCAUAUGAGCCAGCAGCCCUUCAUGGCCUCCGUCUCACACUCACACAUGUACUCACACAAGCAGGAGCCGCCCCAGUAUUCUCACCCUUCUCGUUUCCCCCCGACCAUGGUGGUGACGGAUGCCAACAGUCUCAGUACACUGAGCUCAAUGUCCACCAGCAAACAGGAUGCUCCUGUAAACAGAAUGGUGCAACUUGGGGGUCUCUCCUGGUGUCCGCUGCAGGCAUGGUGAGCAUGUACACCUGACUUCCUCGAUGCCUAGCAACAGGAGCACAUCCUCCCCAUUCCCCCUCAUCACACCCGUAUCUGUGGAAACCCCUUAUAAGUGCUAACGCCGCACUGGACUAUGAGUUAGUCAAUAAACCAGGGGCAGUGGUAGGCGAGAUGGACGCUGUGAGCAGACCAUAAUUGAACACUGUCGGGUUGUUUUGUUUCAUCGUAGAGUGACGAGAAGACUGGGUUUCCUAGGUCGUGCGAUCAACAAGGGUAGAUGCCAUUUCAACCACAAACUUUUAGUGAAAGUAUUUGAUUUCCCAGACCAUUUCAAUGAACAUGGGUCAUCCGGACAUCUUUGAAGAACAAAUGGAAAGGAAAUACACACAAUAUGGUCAGAUAAAGAUACAGAUACAAAGACACAGUGGAAACCUGAACAGUGCUCCAAAAGAAACCUAAUGUGCUUGUCAAUGGACAUAAUGGUUGCUUUGCUCUAACGGUUCCUGGAAUAAGAGCACAAUAUUUGUCCAUGUAUUUCUAAACAUGCUUGAUACUGUGAUUGAACUGUGGAUAAAAUGACAAUCAUACAUGUUAAUCUAGAAGCAACAGUGGGGCUUUAUAAUGUAUUACUCUGAUGCAUUUGGAUGUAAAUAGAAGCAAUUAUUAUAUCAUUAUUAUAUCAUUAGUCUGAAGGAUGUAAAUAUUUGAUAGCCCAUGUGGUGUGCUGUUUUAUUUGUCUUGUUGAACGUGUAAACUGCGAUUCAGGACAUGACAAUCUAUGGAACAGGUAGGAAGUGUAAGUCUAUGCAAUGUGUCAGAGAAAACAGUUUGGAUGUGUGGCGGGCCUGUGAAGUAACAUUUCAACUUUGCUGGCAACAUAUCUUAAAAGUAAGAUAGAAAGAUAAAUGUUAAAGCACAAUCAACAGAACAUGAUAAAAAAAAGGUCUUCAGUGGACAUAUUGAUCUUUCAACUUAGAAUUAUUGGCAUUAGUGUCGUCAAAUCGAUAAGAAUCGUAUAUCUGUGCCAGCAUUCAUAUGAAAUUCCAUGGCAUGACAAACCCUCAUCCGAGGAAUACUAGAUUAGCUAAGAGACGGUCGAUCAGACAAAAAGAUAACUCUGUCCACAUAGCUGUUCACCGUACACUCUGUGAUCCCGAAGGGAACGGCCAUGAUUCAUGGCAUGCCUUUAUAAUCUAAAUAUUGACCCACAAUCAAGCUGUUAUUGUCAUUGGUAAAAAGUUGGGAAACGUGAGUUGUGUCAGUCCAGUCGCCAUUUCAAACAGUAUUACCUGCUCAUGCAACCCUGAACUACCAGGAAGUAUUGUGAAAUAGUUUUUUAUUGCGAUUGUCAAAAGUUUUCUUACACAUUAACUGGCACAUAUGUCCAAGAAUCUUAAGACUGUAUAAAAAAACUGUAAUUUGGUAAACUGAAGAAAUACAUAUUUCCCCUUUCUGUCCCAUCUAGAGUUUUAACACUUUUCAAAAGGUCACUUCAAAGUUUUUUUUUUAUGUUGUUGACUGUGUACCCACUGCCAGAUGACCUGAGGCUACAGUGCUGGUGUAUUCUCCUGUUUUAUGCUGGAUUUAUACAAAAUGUGAUUCUCUCCACAUUGAAUUAUUUUUGUAUAAGAUGAAAUCAAUCUUUUUAAAAUCAUUAUUUAUGCUUCAUGGGAAAAAAGUUGAUGUCGAAGUAAAGUAUUUUUCCCCAAGAUUGAUAA